AUGUACGUCUUCUCUGCAGAUGUUUGCCUCGGAGACAACGACGUCGGUGAACUUCGAAACGAUGGCAGGACCAUCAUCUGCCAUGGCCGGCCUGGGGUGUCGAAUACACCGGCCGAGUUUGCGGCCAAGACGAACACUCGGUGCAAGUCUCCUGCGCGGAUCUCAUCGGCGUGCAACGCAUCACCUUUGCCGCAUGGAAUUGAUACGGGACAGAGACUUGAUCUCCUGGCGUCCAGCUGUAUCACCAGUGCACCGCCAUCCGUCAACUGGCAACAGCUUCACUUCAUCUUUCUCUCCAGCUACAUGCCCAGCCAUGGCAUGGGGACUGCUACUAGCUUACUACUGUCCAAUGCGGUAGCAAUGUAG